AUGAGAACUGCGGGCGGGGGAGUAAUUCCACCGCCGCAGAAAUUUGCUCUCCCGGAGCGGUUUUGUGUUGUCCCUGUGUGCCUGGGAUUUAUUCUCUGCUCUGGCAGGUGUGCCGGUUACGCCGCACGCUCGCGCCAGGCUCCCCAGGACCGGCCGAUUCAUAAAUACACGGGGAAGAGGGCAGGAGCCGAGCAGCGGGAGCCGGUGCUUCGGGACAGGUCCAGCACCUACCGGGACCUGCGGAAGGGCGUGUAUGUGCCCUACACCCAGGGCAAGUGGGAAGGGGAACUGGGCACCGACCUUGUCACCAUCCCCCACGGCCCCAACGUCACUGUCAGAGCCAACAUCGCUGCCAUCACGGAGUCGGACAAAUUCUUCAUCAACGGCUCCAACUGGGAAGGGAUCCUGGGGCUGGCGUACGCCGAGAUCGCCCGGCCUGAUGACAGCCUGGAGCCCUUCUUCGACUCCCUGGUGAAGCAGACCCGGGUGCCCAACAUCUUCUCCCUCCAGCUUUGCGGAGCAGGCUUCUCACCCAACGAGACGGAGGCCCUGGCAUCGGUGGGGGGCAGCAUGAUCAUUGGUGGCAUCGACCGCUCGCUGUACGUGGGUGACAUCUGGUACACCCCCAUCCGGAAGGAGUGGUACUACGAGGUCAUCAUUGUCAGGCUGGAGGUCAACGGGCAGGACCUGAACAUGGACUGCAAAGAGUACAACUACGACAAGAGUAUCGUGGACAGCGGGACCACCAACCUCAGGCUGCCAAAGAAGGUGUUUGAGGCUGCAGUGAAAUCCAUCAAAACAGCUUCUUCGGUCAGUGGAACUCGUCCCUCCCCCGUGGGCGCCUCCGAGGUGCACGACGAGUUCCGGACGGCCGCAGUGGAGGGACCCUACCUGCACUCCAACAUGGAGGACUGCGGCUACAACAUCCCGCAGACGGACGAGUCCACCCUGAUGACCAUCGCCUACGUCAUGGCAGCCAUCUGCGCCCUCUUCAUGCUGCCCCUCUGCCUCAUGGUGUUCCAGUGGCGUUGCUUCCACUGCCUGCGGCGGGACCACGACGACUUCGCCGACGACAUAUCCUUGCUGAAGUGACAGCGGAGCGUGGGGGCAGCCCCGGGGGCCGCAGGUGAGGCAGCAGGGCAGGGAGAGGUAGGGCCUUUCUCCAGGGGCAGGAGCGUGGAGGCAGGGCAGCAGCGUGGGGAGCUCAGACCCUCAGCCCAGGCUCUCCUGGCCCUGGGGGACUCGGUGCCCAUCGGGGCCAGCGGGCUGGGAGCAGCCAUGGGAGCCCCAGGCCUGGGCUGCCUUCGUCUGGGACCUACAGAAAGAGCGUGGCAGCUGGGGAGGGGGGUGAGAGGGCAGCAGCCCUGUCCUGGGGGCUGGGGGCAUCUCCUCUGCUCCGGCACCAGGAUGGGGCAGGCUGUCCCAAGCUCUCCUGCCCAGCCCUGCCAAGCUUGAUGGAGUCACGCUGACGAGCUGGCCCCUGCCUGUCCCCUGCCUCCCUCCAUCCCUGGGCAGCCACCGGCCCAGGCUCUCCGC